AUGUCUUCAUCAUCAGAUGCCACUAUCUUGUUAAACCUUCUCAAGAAGGUGAUGGACGCACAAGAUGAAAGAAUUUUGGCUUACAAGACAUUCGAUAGAGUUGUGGAAAGUACAACAAUGGAGUUUCAGGAAAUUUCCUUGACCAUCAGACAAGCACAAAAAGAAUUGAAGGAAAUUGGAGAUGAGAAAUAUAGUGGAUUAAUUGAUCAAUUACAAAAUUUGGAGAGAGAAAAACUUCAAAUUACAAUUAAUAUUCAAAAAGUUGAACAAUUUGUUGAGGAGGAAAAGAAGAAAUUGGCUUGUGAUCAUGACGAAAAGUGUAGACACAAUCACCAAGAUGAAGAGGAACUUGGGGGUGCCAAGUUGACUCUCUUAUUGGAAGAUUUGAAAAAGUUUAUAGUCCGUGAAUCAGAACUUAUUGAACAAAUUAACGAAAUUUUAGAAGAAUUCAGAUGUGAUAUAUUGGAAUUGAAAUCAUCAUUGUAG